CUUAAAUAACAAUCAAUGAGUAGUUUAAAUAACUCAGAUUUUUUUAAACUAUGCAUCAAAUUUAAUUGUGCACACAAACGAAUUUACUUUCGGCGGCUGGAGAACAGCGUAGUGGACAGUGUAGUGAAAGCAUAUGCAGGGUCAGCGGCCAAAAACAAAAAUUCAGCGGCUUGUUAGCAACGCAAUUACGCGCGCGUCUGUGUCGCGCUUGAAGCAAAACGGCACGUGUGCUUGAUUGCAAAUAAAAUUUUUUUUUAACAAAAUAUGAACAACGGCCGCUAUGGUAGAUUUGGAGCACUUAUAGGCGUUGCAUAUGUAAGCAGCACCCACUGCCGUUUUCUGAUUUAUUCAACAGAAAAUGCCGAAGUGCUGGCCUAUCAUGAGCUGAAGCUGCGACAGAUUGUGCAUAAUGCCGGCUGGCUAGAAUACGAUCCCGCCGAGAUAUGGAAACUUAUGCAAGAAUGCAUUGAGACUGCGUAUAAAAACUUGGUGAUAUUGGAAAUCAAUCCGAAUGACAUCAUUGCUGUUGGUAUUGUUAAUCAGCGCGGCACCACAGUGCUCUGGAACAAACAGACGGGUCAAGCUCUGCACAAUGCCAUCGGCUGGUCCGAUUGUCGCAGCACCAGUCUGCUUAAGACACUGCUCCAUAAUGUCAGGCAUAACGUAAACUAUGUGCGCUAUCGCAGUGGCUUGCCACUGAGCAGUUGCUUUAGCGCGCUUAAGAUUCAAUGGCUGCUUGAGCAUGUGCCAGCAGUGUCCAAAGCCGUAGAGCAGGAUCAAUGUUUGUUUGGCACGCUAGAUUCUUGGCUACUCUGGAAUCUAACUGGUGGAGCUGAGGGUGGUGUGCAUUCCACAGAUGUCACAAAUGCACACUACACAUCGCUUAUGAAUUUGGCUACACAGAAGUGGGAUACAAAGCUCUGUAAAUUCUUUAAACUGCCUAUGGAUAUACUGCCCCGCAUUCGUUCCAAUUCCGAAAUCUAUGGCUAUAUUAUGGACGGAUCUUUGGCCGGAUUACCUAUUGCUGGUGUUAUAGGAGAGCAGCCAUCUUCAUUGUUGGGCCAGUUAUGUAUUAAGGCAGGCCAGAAUGUGUGCACACUUGAUGACAGCUGCUUUGUGCUGCUGAAUACCGCUCAACAAAUGAUUGAAUCAACACAUGGACUGAUCACGGGCAUAGCACACAAACUGGGGCCAAAGACUGCCACGCAUUUUACGCUCGAAGGCGCCAUUUCCAAUGCUGGUUCCACCGUAAAUUGGCUACGCAAGGGAUUGCGCAUCGAUACUGAAAUCAAUUCAAACGAUAAUGUGGUUGAGUCGCUGAACACGUAUAUCGGCGAAAAUUCCAUGAUCUCUUCAUCUUGUUCCUCAAGCAUGCUCAAUGUGGAAUGCGGACUAGCAGCCAAGCGUUCGGAAAUAACAUUCGUGCCGGCUUUUCAUGGCAUGUAUGCGCCCUAUUGGCGCUACGAUGCGCGUGGCAUACUGCUGGGGCUUUCUAGUCAGACUACGGCGGAGAAUAUUACACAAGCCGCCUACGAGGCAACGGGCUUUCAAAUAUACGAAGUACUGGAGGCGUUCAAGCACGACACACCCAAUUGGGAUCCGGCUAGCUUACAGCCAGUGCUUACCUUCGGUGGCGAAUAUGCGGAGAACAGUCAUUUGGUGCAGUUUAUUGCGGAUAUAAUUGGCUGGAUGCUGGAACGACCGCAGACAACAUCACCCGCAGGACUGGGAGCCAUGAUAGCUGCUGGCAUUACAAUGCGCGUGGUAAGCUUGCAGGAAGCGACGCGCUUGUAUGCACCGCCCACAGAUGUAUUCUCGCCCACAACAACUAAAAACCGUCGUGAGCUGCUGUAUCGUCGCUGGGAUUAUGCGGUUAAAAAGUGUUUGCAGUGGAAUAACUAUGAGACCUAUGAAGCAGAUGUGGAGCUGUUUGCACAACGUGAGCGCGAUCCCACUUUACACAUACGGCGCUCCAUACCUGGCAGCGUGUUUUUGACCACUUCCUUUGCAUUGCUGUUGGUGGCCAGUUUUUUGAAGAAUAAUCCAUUGACUUAAAGUUCAGCUUUUAGUCGCGCCCAAAGCAGAAAAUACAUUUAUCAACUAUAAACUCUAGUCACAACAGCUAUAUAUGAAUGUAUGUGCGCUACUCAAAAUUGUAUUGGUUUAAUUUAGAUUUUAAGUUCAAAUUCAUAAAUAUUUAAUUCAAUUGUAAUUACGCUUGCAGAAUAUUGUAGAUAAAAAAAAAGUUGUGUGAUCGUAUGUACAAGCUAUAU